AUGAGUUACUACAACAGCUACUAUGGAGGCUCUGGAGGCUUUGGGGGCCGGGGCUCUGGCUCUGGCUAUGGCUGUGGCAAUUUCCACAGGCUGGGCUAUGGUGGUUUUGGAGGCUAUGGAGGCUUUGGCUCUGGUUCUAGCUAUAGAGGCUUUAGCUAUGGCUCUGGCUAUGGAGGCUUUGGCUAUGGCUCUGGCUAUGGAGGCUUUGGCUAUGGCUCUGGCUGUAGAGGCUUUGGCUAUGGCUCUGGCUAUGGAGGCUUUGGCUCUGGCUACAGCCGUCCACUUUCCUAUGGAGGAUGUGGAUUCUCUUCCAUCUACUGA